GUGUUUUUGUUGAUGCUGUAAACUCCAUGGGCCAAACUUCUCUCUUCGUCGCUGCAUUGCUGGGUCUUGAUAAAAUCGUCGAUGUGCUGUUGGAUUAUGGCUCAGACGUUAAUCAUCGCUGUUACGAUGGAAGCACCCCAGUGCACGCAGCUUCGUUCUCGGGAAAUCGAUGGAUUCUUAGCAGGUUAUUGGAUGAAGGAGGUGAUCUGAGAGUACAUGAUAAAGAUGGAAGAAGUCCUCGGUGCUGGGCUAUGUCAGCUGGCAAAGAAAACAGUGCCCAGAUGCUGGAAUUUAUACAGCGUUGUACAUUCCACAUGCAGGCUGCCAUUCAAAAUUUUCCCUGUGAUUUACUCAGGAAGACUGGCUCCUCAAAAGCGCUGGUCUGCGGUCCAUCUAGGUUUGGUGGCCUUGUGCAAGGAAACGUCGAUGGUCCUCUGGGUAGAUUCCUAAAAGAUGGAGAUAAUGCAGCCAAGAACGUUUACAGCUUUGGUUUUGGGAAGUUUUAUCUUGCAGGCAGCGGGCAGCUAGGGUACUUGGCGUCUCUCCCUAUUAUCGGGGAAAAAGAUGUGGUUCAGGCAGAUGAUGAACCGACGUUUUCUUACUGUGUUGGACCGUACAUGACCAUGACGAACUUAAUGUGGGGAGGUAGCAGAGUUACAGUGAAGGAACUUGGCUUUGAGCCCCAUCAGAACUGUAGUAAACUACGCUUGGCUGAUCUUCUCAUUGCAGAGCAGGAACGUAGUAGUAAACUCCAUCAUCCUCGUUUGCUACAGCUGAUGUCCGUUUGUCUGUCUAGUGACUUGGAGAAAACGCGUUUAGUAUAUGAAAGGGUUAACUUUGGUUCUCUGUACAGCAUCCUUCAUGAACGGCGUACAGAAUUCCCAGUACUGCACAUGGAGACGAUUUUGCAUGUGCUGCUUCAAAUUAAUGACGCUUUGUGUUUUCUGCACUCCCGCGGAUUUAUCCACCGUUCAGUUACCUCCUAUGCCAUUCAGAUUGUCUCUUCUGGUGAGGCAAAGCUAUGCAACUUGGAAUACAUGAUAGAGAGCAAAGAUGGUGGAGAACACAGUGAUCUGACGCGUAUUCCUGUCCCGGUCCAGCUGUAUAAGUGGUGCUCUCCUGAAGUUGUCCUUGAAAAAGUUGUCACGGUCAAAUCGGAUGUUUAUAGCUUCUGUGUGGUACUGCAGGAGGCCUUGACAGAGACCCUUCCCUGGAAAGGUCUUGAAGACUCAGUUAUUAAACAGCUCAUAAUUUCGGGACAGCAGUUAGAAGCAGAUGUCAGACUUCCUAUGCCCUAUUACAGUAUCAUAAAGUCAGGGCUGGAACCUAAACAGAAGAAGCGCUCCAUGAAACUUCGGGAUAUUGAAUAUAUACUGAAAAACGACUUAAAGGGCUUAGUUAAGUCUCAAACUGGUCGUGCUGAUGAAAUGUCAAAAGUACAGAGACCCGGUGUUUAUGCAGAUGUGAAUAUCUGUUUGGCAUCAGCUUUUAGCUACCAUAAGAGAACACAGGAAUUGCAGGGAAAAGAGAUAAGUGAGGCUGGUGACUCUACUGCCCCAAGACACACUCUUUGUGCUGAGGAGAAUAGUGCUUUAGUGGACCAAGAGGCAUCAGCCAGUCUGCAGCCAGUUGCACAGGACAAAAUUCGUGAUGCAGCUUCUGACCUCCAGACGACCCUCAGUGUCAGUGAUGUGGAUGACAGCCUCUGUAGCUUUGAAAUCAAUGAAAUCUUUGCCAGUUUUCCAGAACUUCACGAAGACUUCCUGGAAGAAAGAGCUGGAUUAGGUCAAACUGUGGAGGUUGAGGAAGGGCAGCAAAAGGAAGAAGAUAAUGCUACCCUUGGUGACCUAUAUGCGUCCCCUGGCAUGCGCUGUGAGGAAAAGACACUUUACAAGGAAGGUGACCUUUCAGAAUUGGGUACAGAGUACUCUACAGAAGAGGAGGAGAGGCUAAGCGAGGCCUCUGACCUAUGCAUGCUGGCACAGGUGAGAGGAGAUGCUGGGAGAAGAUCAAGUAGUCUGUCCCGAAAUGAGGAGCGCAUCAUCAGCAAAUGUGUCCUUGAUUUAAAGAUUAUGCAAAGCAUGGUGCAGCAGGCAGCAGAUUCCCUGUGCAGAACAGAGGAGAAACUGGACAAAUUAGAGGCCACUGAAAAGCAAAAGCAGCUGCUCCAGGGAAUUGGAAUGAAUCAGCUUUCUAAGCAAAAUUUUCAAGAAGGACACUGGAAGAGAUCUGAUGAUACUUCCCAAAAUACCAGUUACCCUUUUUCUGGAGUUCAUAGUUUUUCAUGGAAGCCUGUAGGUCCACCAUCAAGUGCCUAUAUUCCGCCACUGAUAACAUGUCAGGCACAAGGAGCAUCGGGUGGAGAGAGUUUCCAAGCAAGAGUUUGCAAGAGUUCAAAGACAGCAAAGGAAGUGGAGGCAAUUCCAAGUGCAAAGUGGAAGUGCUUUCAUGGGGUGAAUAAGAAUAAAAAUGAUAGCAACCGUCAUGAUCCCAGCUUCAGUGUGGAGGAAAGCCUGGAUGAUCGAAUGAGCCUGGACCAUGAGGUAAAUCAGCAUUUACUCCCACAUGUAUCUGUAAGAUGCAAAAAAAAGUUCAACUUGCAGUGUCAGAGAGGAGGUGAUUCACGUUCUGCAGCAAGUAGAAGUGAAGAAGAGAGGUGGUGCUAUCCAAAAUCAAGAUCUGAAAUUUACAGUACAAAAAUAAGCGAGCCAAGAAGGAUGAUGCCAUCAGAAUGGAGGACUGAAGUAAAGCAAAUGGCCCGAAGAGUGGCCUCAGGACAGCUAGAACUCGGCUCUCCAUUUCCAGCCAGUGAAUGUACGUCUGAAAGUGAAGCAGAGAGUAUAAAGGAAGCCUUUCACCGUGUCACUGUUAGAGUCCAAGAAAGUCAAGACCAGCAAAGAUGUAGGUGGCAGACAGGUGAUAAUGUUGAGCCUUCGGAUCUGGGCUUUGAGGGUGGAUCUGAAUCUGAGGAGAGUGAUCUGGAGUCUCCAUUCGGAAGUUCUGGAGGGAGAAGUUCCAAGUCACCAUCACCAGAUGAACAAGCAGAGUCUGGAAUAGUUAUUAAUAAGAAUUCGAUCCUUCCUCAACAAGUUGAGAAUGUCUCUAGAGGGCAUUCAAGGGCAUUACAUUGUUCCCUUAAUUCAUAUCCUGAUGUGACUGAAGAAUUCUUGACUCCUGAUUCUGAUUGUUUCCUUCCUCCUGCUACUCAGGGAAGUUCAAAACUAGAAACCUCAGAUGCUGAGAGCAAAUUAGAAGAUGCUUGUGAAGGAUUUUUACAGAAACAGUUACCUGAAGACGCAGCAUCAGGUAUUGAGGCUUCAGGAGGAAAAAUGCUCUCCUGCAGCACAGCGGCGCAGAACUCUGGCAGUAACGUGCUAGGAGUGAAUCCACUCAGCCAUAUGCCUGUAGCCAGUGAUGAAGCAGCACGAGAAGUGAUACUGUGGGAGCCACAGGAAGAAAGCAAAGAAAAAGAUGUAUCAGUGACAGAUGUUCAGGAUUUGUCGAGUAUCCACUAUGAGCAAGAGAACCACUACAGGGACAUGGAUUGUAAAACGCCCAGAGUGAGUCACGCACCGAUGAGCGUCAGCACUCCUCUCUGCUCAGAAGAAAAAAUUUUGAUAGCCUCUGAGAAAUACAAACACUGCCAUGAAGUAGCUUCAGAUUCUUCCUUUUGCGGCUCUCCAGAGAUCUCUGCGGUGUCCAGGACAUUCAUUACAGCCUGUGAAGGGGAAAGGAGCACUGAAAUGCCCUUGGUUGCCUCAGGAGUUCGCUCAUCUGAAUUGAAUGAGCCUGAUGGGUUGCCAGUAGUUGCUUCAUCGUUGAGAAGCACCAGGAAGGCAUCUGCGCUCUCACAGGCAUCUAACCACUUCAAUGAUGAGCUGCCUCCACCAGCCCAAGAGUUGCUGGAUGAAAUUGAUCAUAUAAAGCAGCAAGAUUGCAUCGCUGAAGGCUUUAAAAAGGAGGGAUUGUAUGGCUGCGGAGUGCAAAUAAAUGUUCCUGAUCAAACUAAAAUGGAAGAUAGAGAGGCAAAAGAAGAAUCUGAGGGAAAUGAGAAGAGAAAUCAUAGUUUAUGGACUAAGAAGUCAUUUAAUCUAGCAGAGGAAACAGAAAGAGCUCACUCUACUCUUGAUGAUAUUUUGGAAAGAAUGCUCCAUGCAAUUCCUGGAGAUGAGGAGAUCCAAGAACAACCUCAGGGACACACUCCUGGGGCUGCAAGCCUGCAAGAUCCAGAAGAUGCUGGAAAGAAGAAGGGAGUAGAGGAAAGCGGAGCUGUGGCCAGAGGCAGAGCCCCAGAAGGCUGCGCCGGGAGUUCAGAAGACACGUAUCCUGAAGAUCAGAAAUCCCGCGUACAGGAGCAGCUGUCUUCACGUUCUGCGUUCAGGAUAAUUGUUUUGGAUCAGAGCUCUCCUCUAACUGAGAAAAUGGAUAGUGAAUAA